UUCACAUUGGGGGCGAUGGGCAGCAGCAAGGCCAACCACCCGGCGGCUUCCUCGUCCAAGGUCUCCUCCGUCUCCUCCUCCAAACCCAAACCCAAACCCACCCCGAUUAGAAACCCUACGCCUCCGCCUCCUCCUCCUCGCCGCCGCACGCCCCCGCCUCCGCCGCCGGGGUCGGGCCCGGGGCCGCAGCGACCUUCCUACCUCUCGGUAGCGCUCCGCCGCCGCGGGCCUCCCGCGGGCAGCGCGGCCGGGACCCCGGCGCCGCCGCGCGCCGCCGCCGCCUUUGAUGUCGCCCCCCCGGUCGCCGAGCACACGGACCCCGUUGUCUUCCCCGCUUCAUUAGCCGAGAUGAGCGGCGGCGGCGGCAGCAGCAGCAGCGACGAUCAGAUCCUUCUGUUUGGGAGCUUCACAGAGGCUGAAACCAAGUUGUGGCAGCCUAAUGCAAAUAAAACACGGGAACUCUCUGAGAUCCAGUUUGGGUCACUGAAUUUCUCAGCUCUAAAUUUAUCGAAAGAAUCAAAUUCUAUUACUCAAGGUGCUGUCUAUCCUGCAAAAUUAAGUGACGGCCAGAACAAAAUCAUCAUUACAAAGGAUAUUGCAUGCAGCAACAAAAAGGAAACAGUAGCUCCUACAUUACCAAAUGGCAAGCCAGUGCUAUUCAAUGGAUCUCCCACUGCCAAUGCCAAUGUGUCUCCCAACAAUGGCGUCAUUGAGAAUAAUCAGAAGGCUGUAGCUGCAGUUCUCACGAGUGUUCCUGCUAAAAAUGUCAGCAGCCCAGCACCACUUUCAGUUCCAGAGGUGGACCAUGAUGGGAUCGAACGCAAUCAAAACAGCAGUUUAGUCCCAGAAAUAACUGAAAAUGGAGGGCCAGCUAUUGAUACACCAACUACUGCAGCUCCAGUGGAUGAGCUUGUGACAAGCUUAAAUAAAAAGGACUUUCGGAACAAGCCCUUGCUUCCUCAUGGUUUGAAGAAUACAGGAAAUAUAUGCUUCCUGAAUUCAUCCUUGCAGGCAUUGCUCUCAUGCUGGCCUUUUGUCCAGCUUUUACAGAACUUGAGGAACCAGAAUAUACCUAAGGCUGGUUACCCAACACUGAAUGCAUUUAUUGAGUUCAUCUCUCAAUUCGACGUGCUCGAUGAUUCAAAUGUUAAGAAAGACGAGAAGUUUGCUACAAUAGCUUCAAAAUCAGUUAUUCCCUCCAUGUUUGACACAGUUCUGAGAAAUUUUACUCCAGAUGUGCCAGCUGGAACAGCUUCUAGGCCAAGGCAGGAAGAUGCUCAAGAAUUCUUAAGUUUUGCGAUGGAUAGAAUGCAUGAUGAACUAGUGAAGCUUAAUGGCAAUGGCUCAAAUUCAAAGGAGGGUAUGAUUGUUUCAUCAAAUGAUGAUGAUGCUUGGGAGACUGUUGGAAAGAAGAACAAGUCAGCCAUAAUGAGGAGUCAGAGUUUUGUUCCCUCCGAGUUAACUGCUAUUUUUGGAGGCCAGCUGCAAAGCUGUGUGAAAGCUACUGGUAACAAAGCAUCAGUCACCGUUCAGCCUUUUCGACUGAUCCAUCUUGACAUAUUCCCCGAUGCUGUUCAGAAACUUGAUGAUGCCCUUCGUCUGUUUGCUGCUCCUGAAUCUUUGGAAGGAUACAGAACAGCUGCUGGAAAGGCUGGGUUGGUGACGGCUAGAAAAUCAGUGAAGAUACACUCACUUUCAAAGAUAAUGAUACUGCACCUGAAGAGGUUUAGUUAUGGAAGUCAUGGCUGCACGAAACUCUUCAAGCCAAUUCACUUCCCUCUUGAGCUGGUUCUUAGUCGUGAUCUGCUGAGUUCGCCAUCAUCAGAGCACAUGCAGAGUAGAAGAUAUGAGCUUGUUGCAACCAUCACGCAUCUUGGGGCAAACCCGUCCAGGGGCCAUUACACUGCCGAUGCAAAGUCUGCCAGUGGGCAGUGGCUUCGCUUCGACGAUGAUAACGUCACACCUGUCAGUCUGAACAAGGUCUUGCAUGACCAAGCAUAUGUCCUGUUCUACAAACAAUUAUAAGUUUGGGGGUAUUGCUACGGAGUUGAUUAGCGGUUCUCUUAUUGCUUGAACAGCUAGAUAUAUACUAACUAUAUCGCCCAGUUAAUGUAGCUGCCGUGUAACUGAGAAUCUUGUGUCAAGUGCCUGGUUUCCUGCGUUUAUUUAUAUAUGCUUGAUCACAUAGUGGGGGAUUUUUGUUCAGGCCAUUGUUGAGGUUUUGUAAAAUGCAAAUGUCAUCUUGGUAAUGACCAUUAAAGUAACCAUGAGAUGAUAUCACUCGUUAGCCCUAAGAAACUAUAUUGAUCAUGUUA